CUGGCACUACAAUAAAUGUCUGUAUUACAGGGAGGGCUGAAAUUGACGGCGCUCCACAUAGACAAGCACACCGUGCGGGGCAACGACUCACUCCUGCAGUGCAAGUACGAUCUCCAAGACGAGACUCUGUACUCUGUCACUACAAUGAAUGUCUGUAUUACAGGUGUGGGAGGGCUGAAAUUGACGGCGCUCCACAUAGACAAGCACACCGUGCGGGGCAACGACUCACUCCUGCAGUGCAAGUACGAUCUCCAAGACGAGACUCUGUACUCUGUCAAGUGGUAUAAGGACGGCCACGAGUUCUACAGAUUUGUGCCCAGAGAUUUUCCCAUUGUCCAGGUCUUUCCGGUUCCUGGAGUCUACGUCAACCUGGAACACAGCAACGAGAGUCAGGUAUUGCUGACAGCUCUAGACCUGGACAGCAGCGGUCGAUAUAGAUGCGAGGUGUCCGCUGAAGCGCCUUCCUUCCAGACAGUGUCUGACCACGCAGAUAUGGUCACAGUUGCUCUGCCUAGUCGAGGUCCAGUGAUCACGGGAGGCCGACCUCGCUACAACAUCGGCGAUACGGUCAACGUCAACUGUACCUCGGGCAGCUCCAAGCCUGCGGCUCACCUCGCCUGGUUCAUCAAUGGGGACCAGGUGAAUAGCUCAUACCUACGAGGGCCAGUGAGAGCUCCUGAAGGAGACGAAGGUCUGGAGACCACAACCCUGGGACUGCAGUUCCAGGUAGACGCUCGCCACUUCCACAAGGGAGACAUGAAGCUCAAGUGUCUGGCGACCAUCGCCACCGUCUACUGGAACAGCAAUGAGGAGAGCGUGGAAGGGGAGAAGCCGUACAAGCCGCCCGUCAUGGAGGUCAAGGAUACCUCUCGAGCUGACAGAGUUCAAGCGUCCACAACAGUACACAGCGCGGCCGCUAGGUCGCAGCACACUCUACUACUGCUCGUCCCGGCUCUGCUGUGCUCAUUCAUUCUUCUGAGGUAGCAGGGAUGCCUAGACUACGUCGCUAGAUCUGCCUAAGAAUUGAUUAUUUAUGUAAAAAUUAAUUCUUCCAGCCGAGUUUUUAUGUUUGGAAGGGACUGGAGUUUUCGCAGUUAGUAUGACUCUUAAAAACACAAUCAUUUACGUGUAACAAGUCAUGUUUUCAGCAAAACCAAUUAUGUAACUUACCAAAGGUUUGGUGAAUCAAUAAAAACACAUGGACAAAGUAACAAUUCAAUUUUGAAUUAAAGUGUGUUAUUUUUAAAUUUACACAUUUGACUUAUUUAUAGUUAGAUUUGCUAAUAAAUUAGCCAGUCUCCUAAAAAAGAUUUUUGUAACCGUAAAAUACUAUGUGUAAAUAAUUGAGUGUAUUAUUGUAUACAGACGAUGUUUAUAAGUUGUUUCAUAGAGAAAAGUGAAAUUAUUUAUCAUAAGAUCUAUUGGAUCUUUUAAAGUAAGAAAUUGCUUACAUACUUAGGUGAACAAUUUAUUAUUAUUACAACUUGGUUCCUUAGUUGCGCUUUAACUGAUUUGUUAUUUAAAGUGUUUUAGUGUCAAUAUACUCGUAUGUAUUUAUUUACGAGCUUUAUAUUAUUUCCGCACAUAAUUUGUAGUAUUUUUACACGACAGUAAAUAUAAUGUUUCUUAUUACAACUUUCUACUGUAAAUUUCCUACAAGCCAUUUCAAUAUUAUAUUAGACAGAGACAUUUAUAGUAGCGUUACACAUUUGUAUCUAUGAAGAAAUAGUGUAUAUACUUAUAGUAUAUGUCGUAUACUUGUUUAUAUUAAUUGCUUUAUUGUGGAAAAGUACAGCAUUUCGUUCAUUUUGUGGUUGCAUAUUUCCGUAAUGGAGGUACUUAUAUUAAAUUUAUUAUAAUGUGGGCACUUUCUUGGAUAUGGGCAAUCUAUGUAAGACAUAAUAUUGUUUGUAUCAGUACUUGACCAGAUUAAAUUCUAUCUGAGAAUAAAAUUAUUAUAAUUACAGAAACGGCGCAAAUUAACUCACGCUGUAAGAGGGAUACUAUGAGAGGGAUCUUGCGCUUAUUGACGUGUUAACUGCAACACCAAUGCUGAUAUGCAUUGUGUGGAUUAUCUUGCAUAUUUGUAUUUAUGGCUUAACUAUCGUUUUAUAAUUUUUGAUCAUAAAUGAUGUUCAUUUAAAAAAGGUUACUCUUAUUUGCCUAUAGUAUACAAAAUUAUAAUUCAAUUCUGCUGAAACUGAAUCUAUUAGUCCAGGUUACAAAAUUGAUAUUAUUUAAUAACAGUAAACUACUAUAUUUAGUAGUAACUGAUGUAACAGUUUAAAAGCUCUUGAUUGUGUUGUUUAGGUGUUACGUCUUGGAAUAUGAUGAAAAUAUUCUUGUAGCUUAUUUGGAAACUAAUUCUUAAAAUACGAGUAAGUUAAAUUAUUUUUGUAACUAAUUUUAAUGUGCAGUUUUGGGAUGGCCUUAAGAAGUGGCUGUUUUGUAACGAGCUUGGUUGUAGAAAGAUAUAUCUAGGAUUAUGGACGAUGUCUAAUUUUAAUAAUGAUUGCUCAUUCUUAUGGUUUUUGGUUUUUCACAUUUUUCUUGUUUAUCCAUAAAAACUUUUUACAUCUGAUCUUAUUUCAUAAUUUAAAUUUUCGAAAGUAUACACUUCAAAAGAAAUGGUAAAAAAAUGUUUUGAUUUGCAUAAAUAAUACCUUAAAAAUAAGAACCUUAAAUUUGCGGUCUUUAAUUGUUCUUGUGGGAUAAAACUCAGUAAUUUCCCUUCAGCCCGUUCUCGAGGAUAGCGGCCAAAUUCGAUUAGUCAACAUUACAAACACAGCUGCAAGUUCAAAUUGAAAUCUUUUAUUGCCGUGUACAAUGUAAAUUAUGCUAUAUGACGUGAGUAAGGUAUUUAAUAUAAAAUGUUGCAUCCAUAAUACAGUGUAUCGUCCACACUCACAAAUUUUGCACUCAUUCAUUCCAGUCACUCACCAAUUUACACUAUCUUCAAAAGCCAGGGCAUGUCUUUAAAAUUAUUGUUCUCCGAGUUACAUUUUUAAAUAACGCUGACAUUUUAAAAUGUCAUUGGCGCUAAAAUGCGUUUUAAACGGAUUUGGAGGAACCGUUGGUGCAUUUUAAUGGAAGCUGGAAAUCUCUUGAUCACAUGGACACCGUGCGAGGGCAAAUGUUCUACCGUAUCGUUACUUGUGUCAGCGUCUAGUCUCAUAUCCGUGAACGUCACUGCCCCUUAUCAGGGUACAUUUGGAGAGUUAGAAACUUUUUCCAGGAUGUAGAGACUGAGCAGAAAAAAACAGUUUCAAGACUGGUAGGCACAAUUGAUUCGAAUCGCUUUCUUUUAAAGCUUCAUUACUCUCAGAUAUUGAUUUUUAGCACAAGAGCCCCACAACACUAACCCGUAGGUAAGAUGUGCAUAAACGAGACCAUAAUAUGCCGUCAUAAAAAUUUUACACGGGCAGUAUUUGGCUAAAGACCUCAAGUCUUUACCAAAUUGUCAAGUAAGCUACAAGAAUUUUUGUUAUUGUAUUCCAAGGUGUAAUACUUAAUUGAUUUGAAAAAGCCUUAUGUGUGGUAAAUUACAAAAAAAUAAUUUUUUAUCUAGAGGUUAUUUAAUUAUAUGUUGUAGAAAAUUAUAUGAUAGAUGGAAAAUACUCAUAUUUGUUUUUACAGAAUACAUUUGCUUUAAUUUUCUCUUUACGACUGUAUAAUUCUACUUUUGUGAGUUAGAACGGUGAGAACCAUCACAGAAUGGUUAUUAAGAGUUACAGCCAAAAAGCAGAGCAUAUAUGCUCUAUAGAGAGGCAAUGUGAUGGCGUAACACAUAAUUGACCUACGACAUCUACUGGUAUUGAUACAGAGUUAGUGGUGAAGCUGUGCUAGCAGGUAUACACAUUUAUUGGUUGAAACUAACGUCAGUAGUUUUGUUCAACAAGACGCAGUUAGCCAGCAAAGCACGCUAAACUCAAGGCCUAUUGGAGGUCUUAUGAACGUAAUAUACGAUUAUUUUCUCGAAGACGCGAGGGUAAUUUUAAUAUUCGUACAAGAUUAAAUUUCUUAUGACACUUAAACUGGUAGGCUGUGAAUAUAUGCGUAUAUAUAUGUUAUAAUUUCAUAUAGAUAAUAAUCUAUUUGUAUCCUUCCUUCCAAGUUAGUUUAUUAUCUUUUUAGUUUAAAUAAAGAAAUUAAUUUCUUACUAAACCUGUAGUUAUAGAUAUCCAAAUCGAGCUACGUGAGAUCUAAUUCAGUGUGAAUAGCUGUACAUUUACAAUUAUAUACCCAAUAACUCACAGGUGUUCUCCUUCGAUCCAUGUAUUUACAAUACGAUAUAUACCCCUCUGUUGUGAUGUACAUGCUACACAAUGCUAUAUUUCUUCCUGCCUAUCGCAUUUUAUGAGAUGAUAAGUGUACAUAAAUUUUGCUGUAUAAAGGUUCGUACCCUAAAAGUAUUUAGAAUAUUUGAUCCCCUGUGAUUUUUAAGAUAAAUCCGUAUUUAUAUUAUAUUUUAUUAUAAUUGAGAACUCUUGAACUGUAAUAAAUAUAUUGAACUUUA